AUGAGGAAUGAUUUUGUGUCCUACUUCAUUUCUUCCAACGAGAGGAAAUUCAAUUUGAGUACAUCCACCUUAACUGCACCAAGUUCAGACUGUGUAGGUUUAGGUUUUUAUGCUGGGCUAGGUCGUUUGAGGGAUCAAUUAUGGGCUAGGGAAAGAUCAACGGACUGGUACGAGAAAAUUGUGUUACAAAGGAUUGACGACUCUCAAUGGAUUGAGGACUUUCAAAUGGGAAGACCCUCAUUCAAAAUGCUUUGUAAUUAUUAUGAUCUGGACAAUUACUUAGCUCCCAAGGAAAAAUGUGUUCGCCAGCCACUAAAGGCCCAAAAAUUGGAAGAUUAUCUGAAGGAAAUUGUAGAGAAAGAAGUAAAAGCUCAGUUAAAAGACAUUCAAAAAGUGCAGAAAUUGCAAGAGGAAAAGAUUCGAUCGAUGGAAGUCCAAAUUCAGAGAGAAAGAUUAUACAGGCUUUAUUUAGAGAAGAACAUAAUUGCUCUAAAAGAAAAGCAUGAUGUCCAAGUCUCCAAAGACGUUGCUGGGGCUCAUGAAAUGGCAAGGCAUUUUUCUGGUUCUGACAGCACUAACCACAUGAAUGAAAACCACGAAGGAGAUGAUGAGGCACCAAACCAACAAGACAGUUCUAGCAAAAUAAUAAGGCUCAUAGGAGGACAGGAGAAUAGUGCUCCAAGUACUGUAGCAUUUUAUGCAUACAUGAGCAAAAACCUUGACAAUCCAAGUGCAGGUCACGUUCUGGUGUUUGAUGUUGUUAAGACCAAUAUUGCUUCCGGCUACAACCAUCAUGAUGGAAUAUUUACCGCACCUUCCCAAGGCUUUUAUGUAUUCUCGUGGACUAUUCAUUCUUGGUAUCAUUCUUUUGUAUAUUCAGAAGUAGUGGUCAAUUCGGACUCUGUCGGAAGAAUUAUCACAAAUAGUGAGGAUAUACAAGAUGAACAUGUUGGAAGUAGUAUAGUUGUUGUUGCGUUGAAUCCUGGGGAUGUGGUGUACAUUCGAAUACGUGCGGCAAGUGGUAGGCUUGCUAGUUAUGCCAGUAUAUUUUCUUCCUUCAGUGGAUGGAAGUUAAACUGAA